AACCUUGUGAAGCAGGGGAGCGUAUGACAAAAGGUUUAGCCGUUAAAUUGAGUGAGAAGGUGCACACGAGAAGCUAUGGCUCCGCACGAUCUCCGCCGUCCGUUUAAGAGAGCGGCGAUAACCGAUCAGCAGAAGCGUAGGGAGCUCUCGCUGCUCCGUCAAGCACAGAAUCGCCGUGAAGCUCAACAGCAAGCUCGCUGCUUGGCCUCAUCUAUUCUCUCGCUUCAGUCUCCCGUACCUGAAUCUGAACCCGAACAAUCCGACAUCGAACUCGAAAACGCUUCCGAAACAGAGCAAGAAUCUGGAGCUUUGUCAAAGGACCUCGAUGUUCGUCGCGCUUCGAAGCUCCGAGGACCAGAAGCACGAAAUUGGUUCGCGAGACAGCUUAUGCUUCCUGAGUGGAUGAUCGACGUCCCUGAUCGCUUGAGCCAAGACUGGUAUGUAUUUGCAAGGCCAGCUGGGAAACGAUGCUUCGUCGUUUCAUCGAACGGGACGACAGUGAGCAGGCAACGAAAUGGCUCCAUUUUGCAUCAUUUCCCUUCGGCUUUACCGGCCGGAGCCAAGACCAGAGACGGCUCGGGCUCGGCUCAAUCGUAUUGUAUCCUGGAUUGCAUUUUCCACGAGUUGGAUCAGACAUACUAUGUGAUUGAUAUAGUUUGUUGGAACGGAUACUCUCUCUAUGAUUGCACUGCUGAGUUUAGGUUCUAUUGGUUGAACUCGAAGCUCGAAGAAAGUGGUGCCUGCAAUCCUCCUUCCCAUUAUCAUAAAUUUAGAUUCACUGCUGUUCCUGUGUAUAAUUGUGAUCAGAGUGGUCUAUAUGCAGCAUACACGGGAGUUAUGCCUUAUGUUAAGGAUGGACUACUGUUUUAUAACAAGCAUGCACACUAUCAAACCGGCAACACACCUUUGGUAUUAGUCUGGAAGGAUGAGGACUGUAGUCAAUAUGUUAUUGACACAGAUAGUAAAGGAGAGAUUCCUAGCCAACAACAGGUAGUUUUGGAGCUGCAAGAUGACAGAAAACUAGUAACAUCAGAUGAACCCCCCGUGCUUUUUGGCUGCUUAGAUGGGGAUAUCAUAGAAAAGUCAGGGCUGCAUUCAGGGAACCUUUUACGAUUCGCUAUUAGUGAUGGAGGAUUGAGUUUUGUGGAUGGGAAGCUUGAGAAGGCUGAUCUGAAUUAUCUUGGCAAGGCAAAUCGAGCACGUGCUUUCGCAGAUACUUACUCAAAGGUUUUAUUCCAGUUUAUGGUUCGGCAUUCUCCUCUGAAGAUAGAUGAUUUACUAGCAUCUAUUAACUCUCCAGAUGAUCAAGAAAACAAUUCUAGUGACAUAGAGAUGCUCUUAAAUGCUCCCUCCCGGGUUACUACUGUAUGACUUGCAUGCAUGAGAUGGAAGGACGUCUUGGGAAUCAAUUUGAUGUGUGAUUUAACUUGGCUGAGCCUAUGAGGCAAAGGGGGGUCGAUGAGGGUAUCAUAUCAUACAUGAGUAACUGUAAGUCUUGUCCAGCAUUACCAGAGGCUUUUAUGCGUGACUGCCGCUUCUUUCCAAUUUUUACGUGUAGCAUCGUCCCUGUUGCUAAUAUUAUUGUGUAAAUGAUGAAUCGUGCUUCAUUUAGAUGGUUGGUGCGAAAAAAUUUUUAUCGGGCCAUCAUGUUUUGAAUAUCAUUAAUUUUAUUGUAGAGAACAUAUUACAGAUUUGCAGGACAUGCUCAUCAACU